AUGACAAACAUCUCACGAUAUGUUGUUAACCACCUGCUGACGUUUUCGCUCCAGGAUGGCGACGUACAUAGCGUGGAGGAGGCCCAGUCACGCUUCUCCAUCCUGGCUCACAACAAAAAGCUGUGGAGUCAAACGAUGUUCCUGGAUAUUGGAGCACAGGCCAUUCUUCUCCGAGACACACAGAGCCAGGACGAGCUGGAGCACUACCCUUUUAAAUCCAUCUACCGCUGCGAGGCCAUCGACACUGAAAAACUCUUCCCGUCCCUGCUUCUCCUUGUCUGCCAAAGCGCAGACCAGAAAAAGCCAGACAUCCACUUCUUCAGCUGCGAGACCGUGAAGGCGGAGAAAAUCUGCGACGUCAUCGCACGCUCAGUUUCAGGUUCCACCAGCAACAGGACUAAGAAGCCUCCUGAUGCCCUCAGGCUUCCUCAGAGUGGGGGUGAGAUGAUCGACCCCUUUGACAUCCCAAGCCCCCCUAUCCCACAUGCUCCAAAUCCCCCACCAGCAAACCCUCCACCUUACCCUGGACCAAGAGCAAACGGUGUGAACGGUGGACCUGAUAUAUCUUUCCUGCGAGCGGAGAGAGAAGUGGGGAUCCUCAAUCACUGUUUCGACGACAUCGAGACCUUCAUGGCCAAGCUGCAGCAGACUGCAGAGGCUGCAACAGUGCUGAACCAGAGGAAGAAGAAAAAGAAGAAAAGCAAAAAGCAGAGUGCUGAAGAGGAUUUACUCACUGCAAAGGCCCGCCCCCCACCAGAGGAGGAAUUCAUUGAUAUCUUCCAGAAAUUCAAAUAUUGCUUUAGCCUGCUGGCCCGCCUGAAAUCAACCAUCUCCAACCCUUCAUCGGAGGAGCUCGUUCAUUAUGUAUUCAAACCUCUGGAUAUGAUGGUGAAAACGACAGGGGGGCCAGCUCUCGGAGCCUCGGUGAUCAGCCCCGCCCUGACCAGCUCUGCUGUGUCCCUGCUACAAGACAACCUUAAUGAAGAAGAGCGGCAGCUGUGGACAUCUCUGGGCCACAACUGGACACUCCCUCGCUCUCAGCUCAGAGGGCCUGUACCUCCAUACACCCCUGUGUUCUGGGACGGAUGGAAACCAGAAGCCUCAAGGGCAGACGGGCAGGUUUGGGAGGAUCCAGUCGAGUCACAACACAAACAUGAAGCCCUCCGAGUAAAACAAGAGCCACAAUCACAGCCUCAGCCUCAGCCACAGCCACAGCCACCCCAGCCAGUCGGGCCUCCUGAAACCCACGUCGGCGAUGAAACAGACAGCAGCCAACUCUCACCAGAGCCUGAGAGACUCUACACCUGCAGUUACGACUUCAUCGCCAGGAACAGCAGCGAGCUUUCAGUGCAACAGGGCGAGACACUAGAGGUGAUUGAGUCAUCCAAGCGCUGGUGGAAGUGUCGUAAUCGGUUCAACCAGAUCGGCUUUGUUCCCUUCAACAUCCUGGAACCCAUGGCUCACAUAGACAGCCCUGUCACCAACAGACCCCCCAGCGCUCCAGCUCCGCCUCCCCUCGCCAAGACUUUCUCUGUAGUUCCACCCAGCCCUCCUGCUGUGCCUCAGGCCCCGUCACCUCAGCGCCCACGCAGUUUACCGCCUUACAGCCAACAUAUAGCAGCAGCAGAGGACACAGAUAAAGUCAUGUUGGUGAAUGACGAGCUGCUCCAGAGGCUGACCAAUGGAAAGGCCCAUCUGAACAAACCCCUGGUCAUCCCCCGUUCCUCGGACACCUCUGUUCCCCUGGACUAUCACUCCCCUCCAGAAGAAGUGGCCGAGUGGCUCAGGGGGAAGGGCUUCAGUGAACCGACGGUGACGUGUUUGGGAGUGUUGACAGGCGCCCAGCUCUUCUCCCUCAACAAAGAAGAGCUACGAGCCGUCAUUCCAGAUGAGGGCGCCAGAGUGUACAGCCAGCUCACUGUGCAGAAGUCCAUGCUAGAGGAUGCCAGGAGGGCCACAGAGUUGGAGGCAGUCAUGGAGAAGCAGAAAAUGAAGGUUGAUCUGAAACUAGAGAGCAGCACAUUGUGA